AUGGCACGCUUCAAGCUCGACGACAUCAAGGCUGUACGCGCCGUCGCGGCCACCCGCGGGCAUCUAGUGCGGCUCGCCGCUCCACGACACCGUGGCUUCCAAACGUGUAAUCCCUCGCUACGAAUGGCUAUACGGCGACUAUUAAUACCGCGCUUCCAGGGUGUCGUGGUGCCCCUUUGCGAACAGGCCACGGCCCAAAGGCCGGGGGGUCGACCCAAGCCGUCUCGAGGGCUUCACUCUGACUUGCGUAGGUUCAUCUACCGUGGUGGCUUCGAACAUAUGGUCUCGCGACGGGCCAAUGACGGUGGCGACAUCAUCGGCAACCGGAGGUCUUGA